GCGCAGCCGUAGCACAGCUUCGACGUUAAGUGCAUGCAAAAAGUGGGCGGCGUGUUAUCGUAUUGAUCGCCGCUUACUUGCUAGUACUCAAACCACAAAAAAAUAGAAUAUCGUGUACUCUUAAAUAUAUUCCAACCAUAAAAUCGUGUUUGAGUUUUGUCAACUACCAAAAAAUGUCGCAUGCGCUGCAGGCGUUCAAGUUGAAAACGGCCGCGCAACCAAAUUUGCCGCUACCCAAAGCGUUGGGGCGCCGCGCCCAUUUGCUUGCAACAAAAAAUUGGUGGAAAUUAUGUUUUGUGUACGGUCAUGAUCCGUCGAAACUUUACCGUGAAAUCACUUACAACACAGAGUCGCCAAAAGCAGCGGACAAUAAAACAGAUAAUAUAACAAUGAAUGCCAGUGAGAAUACCGCUACGGCGUGUAAUACGGAGGCUGCUGAUUCAUUGCGCGCCGCGACAAUGUCACCAGUGGAAAGCGGCAGCGCAUCGCAAAGCUCACUGAAUGAUGCUGCAAAAUUAUUUCCACGCAAUAUGCCGAGCGUAAGGCGCAGUCGCAGGCGCAUAGCUGCCAAAACAGUAGCAAGCGAUGAGACAGCGGUUAACUCAGAGUUGCCAAUGAUUGCUAUGCAAACGGCAGAGAAGAAAAAAAUAUCGAAGAGCGCUGUUUUGCAUCGCGUCGAUAGUAGCUGCCACAAAUCGAGUCUCUCAAGGGUCACCAAGUUGACGCCGCGCAAACUAAAGGCGCCAAAUGGUGGGCAAAGGCGGCAACAUUGUCGGCGCACGCCAUUUAGUGAGAAUAAUGCAACGCUGAUUAAUGGUAAGCGUGAGGUUAGUGUACACAGCAAAGAACGUAGAACUAAGUACAGAGCGCACGCGCAAACCAAUGACAGCGACAAGCCGCUUGAUGCUGAAAACGUUACGUACCGCGAAGCGCCCAGCGUAAAUAAGGCGCCAACACAGCAUGCAAGCACUGCACGUUGCCACAAACAUAGCAAGCAAGCGCUUUACGCUGAGAAAGAGCAACAAAAAUAUGAGCAAUUAACAGGUAUGCAAGCGCAAGAAACGACGCGCCAGCAACUGCAGCAGCGUGAAAUUGCAGAAACGCUCCAACAACCAGCGCACACACACCAACAUUACAAUAAACCACUAAAAUUGUCACUACUGCCGCAGAAAUUGUCUGCCGCAAGCGCGUUGUCAUGCGCGGUCACCCAAACUGCCGAUGUUCAAUACGCGCAAAACCGAUUGGCCGCAAUCAGCGCAUUGCCAUCACCCUCUGCCGCCUCACAGACUCACUCUCAUCAAUCGAGUCUCAUUAGCUACGAUUUGAGUCGUUCCACAAGUCGCCUAAGCUGCUUUGAGUCAAUACCGAAUGCGGUUAAUGCCAUAACAACAACAGCAGCAGCAACAACGGUUGAAAAGUCUCUAGCAAGUCAAUCACAUACCAACGCUGGCAAACUAAGUCACAAGCCGCAUCACCAACAUAUGGAUGACACAUUUCUGUCAUCGGGCAUAUCGUGUGGCGACGCUGAGACGCAAUCAGAAGCGAGUUGUAGUUCGCCAUCGCUGCUGCAACUACAACUUGUCUGCAGCGGUAGCAAUAAUGUAGCCCAACUGCAUGCGGCUGAUAUUGGCGCGCAUAUGGAGGACGUCGAGGAUGCUUUAAUUGAGGCAGAGGUGGCACAGCUUACGGCCAAUUUGCGGCGUGACGAAGAGGCGGCCGAGCGACGCCUGUCACGACGCGUCGAGGCCACAGCAAAAAUGUUGCAGACCAAAAAUGCUGUCUGUUCAAGUGGGAGAAAAGCGGCGUCAGUCGUGGCAGCAAAGAAAGUCGCCGUCAUCACCAAUGCCAAAACAAUGUCAACAACUAUGACAACAAACGCAACGCCAACAACAACAAGCGCGGCAACAGCAGUCUUACCACAAUCACUAAAUGUUGCUGAUCUACGCAAUUUGAAAGUUUGUCGCAAUCGCAAUGCCGUGUGGAUGCUUUCGUGCGCCAACAACAACAAUAGCUGCAUAGCGCCCAUACCGGAUGACGCGCAGCUAAGCGAUAUUGAAGAGCAGCUUGCACGCUUGCCAUCCAGCGAUGAAGUGGAUAUGACGAGUGGCGUGUCGUCGAUGCUUGAAGAGUCAGCAAACACAGUAGCAAGUAGCACAGCAGAAAGUGCAGCAACAGCACUGACAGCAAAAACAACAACUACAAGCUCGUGUGUGCAGCAGCAGCUUACACCCAAAACGUGGGAACCUCAACCCCUCCAGCAGUCCUGCUACACCUCGUUAGCCCAUCAGCAAUUGCUACUCGAAGUCACCAUGCAACAGCCAACCAACUACUACACACAAACCGAAAGUGAACUGUUGCAGUUGGAAGCAACCGGUGGACGCUUACCCGAAUACGAGCAACUGCAACCAGAAACAGCAACAUCCCAAACACAAAAUGUAGCCUCGUCUCCGACACAACAACAACAACAGUCCGUUGUACUUCCAAUAACGGCACUCAACAAUUUGGAUCGUGCCACGCCCGUCUCUUCCACAGCCGCCACACCCACACCGACCACUGUCAGCAAUUUAGAGGCAUCAUCGAGCAGCACAAGUAACGGCGGUGGCAGCAGCAACAGCACGACGCCGCAACAUUUUGUAGCGCCACUACAACGACGCUGCCAAGCGCCGCCACCAUCAUUGCCACUCAGUUCGAUUUCAUCGCCUCUGCGCGCGGCCAACUACAAGACGGCCGCCUACCAUCAGCACCAGCAUCAUCAGCAGCAGCUGGAAUUUCAGCGAAACUCGCAGUCGGACGAUGAUAGCGGUUGUGCGCUGGAAGAGUAUACGUGGGUGCCGCCGGGCCUGCGGCCGGAUCAGGUUCGUUUCUACUUCUCCCAACUACCCGACGAUAAGGUGCCCUAUGUAAACAGUGCCGGCGAAAAGUAUCGCGUCAAGCAGUUACUGCAUCAAUUGCCGCCGCAAGACAAUGAGGUGCGCUACUGCCACUCGCUGAGCGAUGAGGAGCGCAAGGAGCUGCGCAUAUUUUCGGCACAAAGGAAGCGUGAAGCCUUGGGACGUGGUGCCGUACGGUUACUCUCCGACGAGCGUCCAUGCAAGGGGUGCGAUGAGCCAUUAUCCGCCGGUGACAUUGUGGUCUUUGCGCAACGUGUCGGCUCGCAGAUUUGCUGGCAUCCUGGUUGCUUCGUCUGUUGUGUUUGCAAGGAAUUACUUGUGGAUUUGAUUUAUUUUCAUCGUGAUGGCAAUCUCUAUUGCGGCAGACAUCACGCCGAGACGCAGAAGCCGCGCUGCUCCGCCUGCGAUGAGAUAAUCUUUUCGGAUGAAUGCACCGAAGCCGAGGGCCGUACUUGGCAUAUGAAACAUUUCGCCUGCUUCGAGUGCGAGCAUCAGCUGGGCGGUCAGCGUUACAUCAUGCGUGACGGCAAACCCUAUUGUCUCAACUGUUUUGACACCAUGUUCGCUGAGUAUUGUGACUAUUGUGGCGAAGUGAUCGGCGUCGAUCAGGGACAGAUGAGUCAUGACGGUCAGCAUUGGCACGCCACGGAUCAGUGCUUCUCGUGUUGCACUUGUCGCUGUUCGCUCUUGGGUAGACCAUUUCUGCCGCGACGUGGCACAAUUUACUGUUCGAUUGCUUGCAGCAAAGGCGAGCCGCCUACACCAUCGGACACAAGUUCGGGACCACAACUGCGUCCGACACAUCGGGCUAGCACAACAAGUCAAAUAGCGCGUUCACCCCGACCGGGUGCGCGACAUAAGGUCAGCGGUGGUGGUGGCGGGGCAGGCGGUAGUAACGGCAAGAGUGCUGGCAGCGCGGGAGAUUUGCUGGAACGGCAGGCGCGUCAGCGAAUGGAGGUUGGCAUUGAUCGUUUAAUGAUUGUAGGUAAGCUGGCUGCGGGUUGUGAUGCCAUUAUGCCGCCGCUGCCAGGUGUGCCACGCCCUGCACAUCCUCCGCCUAUAGACCUCACUGAACUCGGUAUUAGUUUGGAUAAUAUCUGUGCAGGCGACAAAUCGAUAUUUGGCGAUCCCAGCAAUCUUACAUCCUCGUUGCCUGACAUGCUGAUGUCGAAAGGCGAGGACUCACACAGUUAUCAGAGCAUUGAUAAGAUCAAUAUUAAUUCACCAAGCGCCUCCGAGUUAACGCAAAGCACGCAAGAGAUCACCAAUGAACUGGAGCUGGAAAAUGAUGACGAGAACUGUGAACUGCCGCAUAAUAACUACGAAAUAUUGUUAAACGCGAAGCGAACGCGCAACAAAUCCGAUAUUGAUGAUGACGACCACGACGAUGACGAAGAUGAUGACCCGGACCACAGUGACGCUGAUGAAAAUAUACGUGCCCACUUGAAGGAGGUACGCUUCCAUAGCGUACAUGACACCAUGUCGCGUUCGAAGAGCUACACGGACAGCACGAAUGCGCGACGACGACGUAAGAAACGCAACCAAUCGCGCAGCUCCUCUGAAAUGCAAAUUAACCAAGCCAAUCUAAGACUGCACAAUGCACAAACGAAUGCAACGGGAAUGCACAACAAUAUCGAUAACUGCGACGCGGCAAGCGUGUGUUCCACCUGCUCAUCCAGCUCCUCCAGCGAUAUGGACGACUACUUGUAUCGUAUACCCGCGCGUAGACACUACGGUGGCGUGCGUGUAUCUUACGUCCCGAACGAUGCAAUCGCUUACGAGCGCAAACGAAAACAAGCGGCAAGCGAGCAGCAUUUGGGUAGCGGCGGCUCAUUGAUUGGCGGCACAACAGCUGCGAUGACCGCAUCGACAAGCGGCGCAACGAGUGGCGGCGAUACGAAGAACUGCAUUAUUUCAUGACAGCCUCCGAUAUUGCCGCCGCCACCGCUUAGUCUUGGCAGCUACUAUAUAUUGGAUACGAUCUUGGAGGAGCAACGUUUGGUGGUGGAUGAGAAGCCAGCGGGUUGUUUGAAGCGUGUUUGGCGUAUGCUAACCACCGGUGGCAAGGGUAAGAAAGCGCCAGUAGAAAUGCAGUGCGUGUGAAGUGCAAGUUGAGCAAAUAUAUUUAUUAAGAAAAUAUUGAUGAAAAAUUAUAUGUAUUGUUCGGAGAAAAAGCGUGUUAAGGAAGUCAAAUAUUUUGAGGUUGUAUUGAGAGAUAUUCUAAAGAGAAUUAAAAAUAACAUAUAAUGCAAAAGUAAUUUUAAGAAAUUAUUUAGAAGACCGUGAGCUAAUUUAAGUGAAUGUUGUAUCUUCCGGUUUCGGCGCUCUAUUCGCAUCCAGAAAAAUAGUUUUUUUGACUGAAUGUCCUCCACGAAUAUUUGUAAACUUGACCAUCAAUGGCAUCACAAUCAUAACGGUUGUUUGAAAUUAUAUUGCAAGAGCAUUUGUUCUGUAUAUAAAAAGCACUGAAGAACUUCCAUAUCGUAGUUGUAGCUGUAAAGCAACAAAAGUUGAAACUUAAAUAUAUAAAAAAUUAAAAAAUAUCAAAAAUGAAACUGAACUAAAAGAGACACAUAUUUAACGAAACUUUGUACAAAACAUACACACAUGAAUAUCGAUUUACACAGUUUUUUGAAUAAGCGCGUAGCAAGUAAGUAUUUUAUUGAUUACCCACUACAACUAUUACAAACUUGCACAAAAUGUAUAUAAUAACUAUGUAAAUAUAUAAAUAUACCCAUAUACUAAAUAUAUAUAUAAAUGUUUCAUUGAACGCUAAUUAACUAAGUGCAAAGAGGCCAGACAUUUUAACGAUUACAAAGGAAUUAUUGCCAGACGUUUGAAAUCAAACAAAUUAUAGAGAUUUUUGACUCAAGCGCUUUUGAAAAUAUAAAGAUUUUAUAGCUAGGUUUGAAUAAAUUUGAUUUAAUUUUUAUGCAUUAUGUCUAAAAAGGACCCAAAAAUUGUUAAUAAAACCCAAAAUGUCUAAUUAUUCAUUAAUAUUUAUUUUGUCGUCUUCAAAAUAAUCUCCACCAGAUGUUAUGUAUACAUUUAUAUCAACGAUUUUCCCAGUCGUCGAAACAUUUUUCAUAAGCACUUUUUGGGAUGGCCUCCAGCUUCUUCUUUCACAAUUUUGCUUUAUCUCUUCGAUCGACUGAAAACUGGUUCCACGAAGCGGAAAUUUCAGUUUGGGGAACAAGAAAAAAUCCUACGGAGCCAUAUCUGAUAAAUAUGGUUGGAUAGAUGGUAUUCAUUGCGUUUUUAUACUCUCGCAACAAAGUUGCUAAGGAGAGUAUUAUAGUUUUGUUCACAUAACGGUUGUUUGUAAGUCCUAAAACUAAAAGAGUCAGAUAUAGGGUUAUAUAUACCAAUGUGAUCAGGGUGACGAGUAGAGUUGAAAUCCGGAUGUCUGUCUGUCCGUCCGUCCGUCUGUCCGUCCGUGCAAGCUGUAACUUGAGUAAAAAUUGAGAUAUCAUGAUGAAACUUGGUAAACGUAUUUCUUGGCUUGGCUUGGCUAAAGAUAUUAAAGUGAAAUUUGGCACAAAGGAUCGCAUUAGGGAGAAGCAUAUUUGGACGUAAUUUUUUUGGAAAAGUGGGCGUGGCCCCGCCCCCUACUAAGUUUUUUGUACAUAUCUCGGAAACUACUAUAGCUAUGUCAACCAAACUCUUUAGAGUCGUUUCCUUCAGGCAUUUCCAUAUACAGUUCAAAAAUGGAAGAAAUCGGAUAAUAACCUCGCCCACCUCCCAUACAAAGGUUAUGUUGAAAAUCACUAAAAGUGCGUUAACCGACUAACAAAAAACGUCAGAAACACUAAAUUUUACGGAAGAAAUGGCAGAAGGAAGCUGCACCCAGGCUUUUUUAAAAAAUUGAAAAUGGGCGUGGCGUCGCCCACUUAUGGACCAAAAACCAUAUCUCGGGAACUACUAUACCGAUUUCAAUGAAAUUCGGUACGUAAUAUUUUCUUAACACCCUGAUGACAUGUACGAAAUAUGGGUUUUGAAAUACGCAGAAUUCCGAAGUAUUGCACACCUUAAAACCUGGUAUUUUCUUCAGUCUUCCUACUUAACACCACACACAAAGAAAUUUCUAAUUGAAAAAUAAAAGCAAUUUUAGAAAAUUAAUCCGUAAUUGUUUUCCAUUUACCAUGCAAUUAAGUGACUAAUUAUUACCCAUUUGGUAAUUAGUUGGCCAUAAAAUAUUGUUUAAAUCAUACAACACUGUGUUAAACGAAAGAUGAAAAGACGAUAAAAUGAGCAUACUAAAAAUAAACAAUAAUAAUGAAACUAACAGAAACAAAAUUUUUUUGAUGUCGAAUAUUCGAAAAGAUUUGAGCGUUGUUUAGUUAAGUUGAAGAUCAAAUGUGAUGAGUAAAUCAACAUCCUAAUUGCCUCAGCUGGUUGACCGACAGUUUAUUGCUUACAAUGCUACCGAUCCGUUUUCUACAAUGAUUGUGGUCUUCAUAAUUUAAUUGAUUGCUUAAGGGUGAACUAAGGCCCAUAAAAUUAUAAAUUCCAUACAAUUGUAAAGUCGAAGACGUCAACGGCUCUGACAUACACCAUUUUUAUUUUAUUUUAUAAAAGAAUGUUUGAAGCGAUAAUGUAAAACUUGAAAGCUAAAUUUAAAUGCCAUAAAAUCGCUACAGAUAAUAACUGUUAUCGAUAUUAGUAUAACCAUUAACUUUAUCAUUCAGUUAUAGUCUGAGUAUGGAAAAUUCGAAGUUGAUGAAAGAGAUGCUCCGCUUUCAAGUAUAUUUGUUGCACUACUUAAGAAUCCAAAGAACUAUAUGUAUAUAUCCAUAUAUACUAGAUAUAUACCUAUGUAUAUAUAUUUUCUAUAACUCCGGUUAGAGUGAAGCGACAAACUAUAUUUUUGGUUUCUGUAAUCGAGUAUCAUUAAAAAGGUUGGUGAAUUGUUCAGGUUUGCUAGUUUGUUGGUGGAACUGUUACGUGAAUAUAAAUGGUAUACAUUGUCCUACAAACCUGCCUUUUAAUGCACUGUCUGUCAUAUUUAAAUAUACUAUUAAGAGAAACAGAUGCGGAAAUUUUUAACUUCGAUGCUCACUUUCGAGCUUGCUGUUUUGGGAGGCUCUACCCAUAGCUAAGGUAUCAUCGGCAUCGCUGUCAGACCCUUACAAAGUCCUCUCAUUGCGAAAAGUUAACGAUUCUUGAUGAGGUCUAGAGAACUGUACAAACGCAAUAUAUCAACGAUCUAUUUGAAUCCAAUUACUAAAUGUUAUAUUAUAAGCUAGCUGACCCCGCAGCCGUUGUUCUGCGUGAAAUUAUGUGUUUUGAAAUGAAAAGAAAGUUAAAUUUAUCAUUUAAUUUUUUUUCAAUGUAACGCAGCUUGAUAAACAUCGGUUUCUGUCCCGAUGUACAGAAAAGAUGGUUUUCCAACUCGUGAGCGCGCCACGUAUGUAUAUUUGACCGUAUGAAAAACAUAGCAUUUCAAUAUUUAUGCCACAUACUAUGCGACUAUCCUUGUGUCCUGUUUAUUGUCAUUUCUAAUGCAAUUUUCACUGGAAACGGAAUACGUUUGAACUGAAAUGGCAAAUCGUUAGAACUCAAAGAAAUUCUUAGAAUCAAGCAUUCUGCCCCUUGUAUUUGACGCAAAUGAUGCGGUGGCAUACCAAGCCUGUCCAAAGAAUUUAAAAAUUCCACUGGAUAAUUCACGGCGUCGCCUUCAUUGUCAAGAUGAUCGAUCGAUUUCGAUCGAUUCGCAAGUCUCCCGGAAUUUGACUUAGAAUCUUCCAGUUUAAGUCAACAACAUAGGUGUUUUUGGCAACUAACAUUGCGCGUGCACUUAAGGAAUCGUAGUUACGAUAAUUUGGCCAAUGUCCGAACUUUCGUGAUGAGUUCAUCUUUCGUGAGUUGAUAAAGGGAAGAUGGAAUUGAUAUCAAACCACCGGAAGUAUCAACCGGAAUUGUACCAUUUCCAAUUUUUAGCGAAGACGAUGUAAAUUCACUAUUCUAAAUUGAAUGCUGACUAUUCUGCCAGUGUCGUCUGGUGAGCGACGCCGAUAGAAUGGAUAUCCAUCACGUCUAGUUGUGUUUGGUGCAUUUAUUGUCAGACAUACAAACCGAAGUGGGAUUUUGGGGUCCGCAAGGCCCAUGAACCAUAUUGGUUUUCAUCACUUCGAAUAAUACUGGAUCUUUCUCUGCAUCAGGGAUUUCAGCAGAAAUGAUUUCAUCAAUUUGAUCUGGUGUAACCACCAUCCGCCAUCCAAAAAGGAAUGUGUGCGUGCGGCAAACCUCUCUUUUGCCACUCAACAGAGUACAUCUAGCAUCUAACAGCACCACAUAUAUGUACGUUGCUUCAAGAUAAAGUCCAUCAAAGAUCGUAACUGCUGUUUGAAAAGUCGUGCUGUGACAUCGUGACGAUCGCUUGGUCAUUGACCGCGAUCCAUAAUUCCGCACGUAUGUCACCGCAUCCUGGGAGUACUUCUUGCCUUGCAUUGCCUUGGGCUGCCAUACGUUGAUGGCAAAAAGAAUGCCGACCGAUGUUAGGGCGACCUCUUCGCAAUUGAUCACUUUGUGUGAAACAGACGUACAGUUUUCACUGAAUAAUUUUCAAUAAUUUUUCUUUUGAAUAGACGGAAUAAAAAAGCAAGCGACAGAAAUUGAACGAUUCAAAUAAUUUACAAAUCAAAAUAUUAAAAAACCAAACAAACAAAAAUUGAAGAAAAUUUGUAUGGAAAAAAGUUACUUUUUGGAAGUAUCCAAUUUUCCGACUUUUCCUCAUGAAAAAGUAUAAGAUAUUUUUAUUUCUAAACCUUCCUUGAUCCACAACGAACAACCUCUGAAAAUUUCAUCAAGAUUCGUUCAGCCGUUCUCUUAGCGUUACUAACAAACAAACAUUCAUUCGUUUGUAUGGGAAAAAAGGGCUGUUUUUAGGGGUUUUCCGGCAAUUAUUCGAAUUUUUCUCUCAGUAAAAACCAUCCUUGAACCUCAACGAUCAUUUAAAAAAAAAUUGGUCCAUGCGUUGUUGAGUUAUGCGCUUAGCAACACAUUUUACCCUUCAUUUUUAUAUACAUAUAAGAAGAUUAUUGUAUGUAUGUAUGUACAUAUGUAUAAGAAUUGCUUUCAAAAUUUGUCGGAAACGAUAAACGUUAAUAUUUCCUUUAUAUAUGGUCCAUAUAUUUCAGUAACUUGUUACAAGAAUUUUAGAAAGUAGUGAAAUGAUGGGACGUUGAGGUUUUGUAAAACUGAUUAUAAAUAGUUCUAAUAUAGUCAAUGGUAAACCUCCGAAUAUAUUCUCGGUAAAAACAGAUCUCCGCAGGAAAAAUCUCUUAGUCUUUCGGGGUUUAUUUAAGUUUUGUAAGUCUCUCUGUAAAGAAGUUCGUAUACCAGCAACGAUCAUUUUACUCUCGCGACACGAGGCCCGUGACUAUUCUCGUAUUAUUUAACUCUAUCGAAACACAUCAAUACGUACUCUAGAAAAUACUUAUUUCAGCCACGAAACAACGAUUAUAUUGACUUUUUGUCAUCGAAGAGUCAUUAUAUUAAAUAUGAGAUCUCUAAUUUGAAAAAGUAUUUGAAUAGAAGUAAUAAACAUGUGUUUGAUUUCAAACGGAUAAUGCAAAAUACAAUAUCCACAUUUAAAUUAUAAAUACAAAAGCCAGAGAAAACGCUUGAAAGCAAAACAGUAACGAAUGACACCAACGAAUGGCGAAAUUCUUCCAUGGAAACACUAUAAAAACAGGUCUAUGAUAAACCAAAAAAGCCUUCCAUCAUGCCAAGUGUUCAAAUGUUGAUAUUUGCGACAGAGAAUGGCUAAUGUAAGGUUUCACAAAAGUAAAAAAAAAACCAAAAACAAAUUGAUUGGAAAUACAUAAUAGAGCUGUUAACAAAGAAGCACAGAAAGUGAAAAGACAACAAACACAACGCACAAAAUAUACUUCCAAAAUAGAACAAUAAAUAAAAUAUGAUGCAAAGAAGAGAGAAAAUAAAUCUCAGAAACACAUAUAACCAUACACAUGUAAAUAUUUAAAUGGCUUAUAUAUGUAUAUGAAAGUACAUACAUACAUAUGUAAUUUAUUAUUGUUUUGAUUGGGUGUGAAUGCAAAGAAGUAUACUUGUACAUAGUACUUAUAAUUACAAGAAGCCAUUGAAGUAUUUGGCUCAAGCGCGAAUUGGCGAAAUCGGAGGGCAAGUGGUAUACUGUUAUUAUUUAUAUUUAAUUAAAAAUAUAUUCAAAUAUUGUUUUUGCUGGUAUUUUAUUUUAAUUUUUUAAUUUUAAAUUUCUUUUAUUAUUUUCAAUUUGAUCAUAUUGUAUUUAAUUUUUUUUUUUUCAAUUUGGUUUGAGUAAGUUCUAUUUUGUUUAAUUAUUUUUUAUUUUUUCGUAUAAUUUAAUUUAAUCUAAUUUAAUUUAAUUAAUUUUUUUUUUGUUUUAUUAAUUAAUUUUAAUUUCAUUUAAUUUCUUAAUAAUUUAUUUUAAUUUAUUAUGUUAUAUUAUAUUUUAUAUAUUUUUACCUCUCUUUUACACUUUAUUUAAUUAAAAUUUUUAAUUUUUUACAUUUCAAUAUUCGUAAUAAUUUUUCACACCGAUCACUUUCUAGAAACUAACAAUCAAAACUGAAACUGUUUAAGUUUAUUUUCUCGCACCCACUUUCGCUUGAAUUUGCAUUUAAAUUCUUUAUUUGGUAACAUCGACAUCAUCAUAUAAAUUUAUUGAUGAAAAAAUUUUAUUGUGUUUGUGUCUAACAAAAAUCCAUUGUUUUCAAGCAAAAUAUUUGCAAAUCUGUAAAGCGUUAUAACAAAUACAAAAAACUUUUGAAAUGUAAAACAAAUAAAAACAAAACAAAAGCCAAUCUUAAAAUUGGGAACAAAACAUUUGAUGUAAUUUCUUUCCUUCAUGCCUUCAACUUUUAAAGAAAGUGAAAUUUUUGCACAAAUAAUAAUUUAUAAAGUCGCCAACAAUAAAUCAAUUAUUUCGUAACUGUUUUACUAACAAAGAAAAAAUUAUUUAAAUAUGUAGACUAUUGAUUUAGCACUCUGUAAACAUGAAUACAAAAUUCGCCUUUUUAUUCUGUUAUUUUCGGUUUAAUUUAUUCUUCAGAAUUCAUUUUUAAUUCCUUUAAACAAUUUCGUUUUCCCAACACAAAGGCAAUGAAAUUGACGAAAGUGAAUACCCAUAGCAGUGAGUCGUAGCAGAGAAUGUUAAUAUACCACAAGAGAAUGUAAAAAAAUCUUCAUUAACACUAUGUCACCUGCGGCAUGCCGAAUGUUGAAUUAACAGCCACAUACAUAGUAGUGACUAUCGGAACAAGAAACGUGCACUGCAAUGUUAAAAUAAUAUAUAUGUAUAUGUAAAAGAAUAAUAUAAACUGUAAAUCUGUGAAAUGAAUAUAAGUUUAGAAAGUAAGUUAUACUUGUAUUAGCCAGGUUAUACAUACAUUUAUAGUAUCAUUAAGUAUAUCAUUAUUGAACGCUAUGUAAAGCAAGUGAAACUGAAAUAAACUAUUGUAUUUAACAAAAACCAAAA